CACGUGUAAUCCUGCUUGCUUGUUCUUCAAAAUGAUGUCGAUGUCUUCUUGUUCAUUUCGCUAAUUGUUAUUUACUAAGCAGUCUUGAACCUCGAGGCCAGAUGAAGCACGUGUGUGUCUACUUGUGAAGCAUCGCAUCUUCUUUGCUCUGGUGCUGCUAGCUCGUCGUGAAAAUGCUGCUUUAAUACGCUGCUUUUUCCAGAAUAUUUUGCUCCUGUGGCUUUGCUAUUUACAAGAUUGUGCCUGAGAGCGAGAGGAGUAUCCGGCUAUCCGCCGGGUCCGGCAUAUCCAUACGCAGAGAAAAUAGUAAUAGGAGAUGCUGUUGCAGUAGUUACGUUGACCUAUGUUUCCAAGACCGGACACCCCAGGGUCUUGGAAAUUCAUCCGACGGAAAGUAGCUGUCACCCGAUCUCCAUCGCUGUUCUUCUACAUCUUUCUUCUUGGAUUCGGCGUUGGGCUGAUCUACUUUAGCUCGAGCUCAACAUCAACAAAGGCGGUAGAGUUAGAGACCACUGAAAAUGGUAAACAGACAAGUACUGCUGUUACAACACCUGUCGGGACGACCGUCUUGUCCAGCAGCAGGGCGACAGUGGUCACACCUCGUCGCCUGAACAUGCGACCGACACGUCCACCGAUCGUGCUGAACGGCGUGCAACACCCGCACACGCAGGCGGCGAGUGCCUGGCUCGACAUUGCCCGAAACACGUCCGGGCUUCGCGAGGACGUCCAUCCGGACGCGGGCGGCAAGCAGCGCGUCACGCUGUUUGUGCUGGUGAAGUCGGCACCGGCGUACAAGGAGCGGCGUGCACUGUGCCGCACGCACUGGCAGUGGCGCAGUGCCGAGAAAAAGACCUUCAUCCCUGGUCUCGUUGCUCAACAGUUUCUAAUUGGCCACUCUGGAAAGGCGGAUGUGGACCAAGCCGUUGUGAAAGAGGCCGUCGAGUUUGAGGACAUCUUGCAGUAUCCGGAUAACGACACGUACCGCCGCCUGCCAUGGAAAGUGCUUUGGGGCAUGAAGUACGUAUCGGAGCACUACAAGUUUGACAUGUUGCUUCUCAUGGAUGACGACUCCUUUGUCAAUUACCCCAUGGCACUUCGCUGGACUGCAUCACAGCUUGCGGAGCACAUCUAUGCCGGCCAACUGGUCGACAUGCACCCGAAAGUGCAGCGCAACAAGAAAGACCAGUGGUAUGUACCGCCGUCAGUGUAUGCGCCGGACGAGUACCCGCCGUACCACUGGGGCGCCGGAUACUUCCUCUCCGCCGACCUCGUUACCGCCAUUGUCCGGGAGUCGACGCACCACGAGAUCCUCUGGAUCGACGACGCGUUCAUGGCCAUCCUGCUGAACGCCACCGGCCUGCACAUCAACCUGCAGGACAUCCGCGUGUACGCCGUGCCCGACUGGGCCAUCUUUCUCUGCUGUGAGCCGUCGCCGCUUGUGCUGGGCUCUCGCAAUGCGAAGAAGAUGGCGCGUGUUGGCACUUACCAGCAGAGCAUGAAUGCUCUGUGUCGAUUCCGCCGCUCCAAACACUGCAAACGUCCGAAAUCUAUUUAACCGCGAAGCAGCCCUGCACGCGCGCCCUUGCAAUGCCCUUGAUUGAUUUCUUUCACUUUACGCCUCCCCCCCUUAUGCUAUGAAAUAUUCCUUCAUCUGCUGACUAGUGUUGAUCCUCUAUGGUAUGAUUGAGAAUAUUUUUUUAAUGGUUCAAUUUUGAUUAUGAUUAUGUGUGUACUAGCGGGCUUGCUGUGUCAGUCCAGGAUAGCUAGCACAUCCUAUCCCCCUUUCCCCUAGUCUAGGUGCUUUGUGCGAAGAAAAAUGGUUUAUUAUAGCCGAGUAUUAGCACUUUUUGUACAUGUAUGUACAAUGUAGAAGCCUUCAUAUUUUGGUCUUUUAUAACGAGACUUACUGUACCUUGC